CCGGGUACGCCCUUCUUCCUGCCCCUAACAUUUGCGUCACUCGAGGCGGAAGUCUAGUGUAAUUAUUUUUCACGCGAACAUGGCAGCAGCGCUAUCAGGAGAAGGCGAUGCGGGCACCAUCAAUGACCAAAUACUAGAAGUAGGAGCGGUGCUGCUGAGAGAUUUUAUUUAUGAGCGAGUUCGUCGUCAUGGGGACAGCGAUGCUGUUGUAUCGAGGAACGAACUGGGCGGGAGUGAGCUGUGUGACCCCAACCAUAAGAAACUUGCUCAGUGUUUACAGCAGAUUGGAGAUGAGCUGGACAGCAAUGUAGACCUGCAGAGAAUGUUAGCCAACUCAUCGCUCCAGCCAACUAAAGACGUGUUUCUGAAGGUGGCAUGCGAGAUUUUCUCGGAUGGGAAGUUUAACUGGGGCAGAGUGGUGGCGCUUUUCUACUUUGCUUGUCGACUUGUGAUCAAGGCUCUUGUGACAAAAAUUCCUGACAUCAUCAGAACCAUCAUCAACUGGACUCUGGACUACCUGCGGGAAAAUGUGAUUAAUUGGAUUAGAGAACAGGGAGGCUGGGAGGGGAUCCGCUCUUACUUUGGCACACCAACCUGGCAGACCAUUGGCGUCUUUCUGGCCGGAGUUCUCACCACUGUGCUGGUCAUGCGCAAGAUGUGAAAAGAAAACAAAGUGAGAGAGCGAGACUGGUAGUAAAGCAAAGAGAGAGGACGGAAAGAGGGGGAGACAGAGCUGUUAAAGGGAACAGAGAGAUGAAGAGAAAGAGAGAGGGCAAUAAGAGGCAGAUCCAUUGUUACAUGAAUGGAGAAAGAGAUUUGACUGAGAUUGGAUGAUAACGAGACAGCCAAGCAUAAUGUUUAAUUGCUCCACUUCGUGACUCUUGAGCCUAUUUCCUUUCUCAUCUCUCUCUCUCUCUCCUUAUAUAUGUGUGUGUGUAUGUAUGUAUGUAUGUAUGUGUAUGUGUGUGUAUAUAUAUAUAUAUAUAUAUAUAUAUAUAUAUAUAUAUAUAUAUAUAUAUAUAUAUAUAUAUAUAUAUAUAUAUGAUAUAUACACACACACACAUGCACUGAAAAAAGGAAACAAAGAGAGACGGACUGAGGGAUGUGCAGGAGGUUGUGUUGGGCCUUAGUUUUACGUUAUUUAUUUUCAUCAUCAGGCAAAGUAAAAAGUAAUUGUCUUUGUCUUUAUAUAUGGAGUAGAUUAGAUGUUUAGAUUAGACUUUUGAAGGAAUUGACAGACUCUUCCUGUCCUAGGAAAUGAUCUGCAUGCCUACUUGAAUCACUCUCUCCUUGCAAUGAACACACAUAGGAAUUGCACAUACUUACUCCUUGCAAAGGGUUUAUAAAGGCUUUAUAAGCAUGCCAUCGAUAUUUUACCUCAUAAUGUCUUUUUUUUUUUUUUUUUUUUUUUUUUUUUUUAAAUGUCAUCUGAAGUUGUAAUUGAUAGCAGUAGGUUCAGGAGGUACUCUUCUCUGUCUCCCUUGUUCUUUCUCUCUUUCCUUCCUUUCAUCUCAACACCCAGAUAGUCCUACUAGCGAGCGUGUAUGCGUGUGCAUGUGCGUGUGCGUGUGCGUGUGUGUGGGUGUGGGUGUGGGUGUGUGUGGGGACACAGUUGUGAUUUUGGUGCUGAACUCAUAUGCAGAGGCACUAUGGGGGUUUGCAGCUUUGACUGAGAAUAAGAGUUAAUGACAAUCUAAUAAUGCAGGGAUUUUAUAUGAGUCCUGGUUGGGUUCCUUACCAGUUUCUCACAGAUAUGAGCCAGUUAGUGAGUGGUGUGCUCGGACCCAGAAUAGGACAGAAAAUGCUCUAACAGUCAUCUAAAACUUUAUAUAAAUUUAUAUAAAACUUGGAGCUCAGAUUUUUUUUCACAAUUUUGAAUUCGAUCAACCUGCUGGAUUAAAGAGCAAUAGAUACUCCAAAUAUUCCAGUUUGCUGCAAGCUCCCUUGGUGUGAAGAGGUAUGUGUGUGUCUCGUUAGAAAGUACACACUUGCACAUAGACAUCGACCCGGUCUUCUCAAAGUGGUCUUAGUACUGUACUUUUUUCCUUGAUUAUUCAAAACCCAAUCACAUGCAAUCACACUUUUAUACACCUUCUCAUUUUGUGUUAUUUGAAUACAAUAUGUUUUUAAAAAAUAUUUUCUUCUUAUGUUGACAGUGCCUUGGCCUUUUUAUUAUAAAUCCACUUUGAUACAAGCACCAUUUUCCUGUCUUUUCUUAAUGUUUGUAUAAUUGUAUGAAUUACGCUGGAUUGAGCUGUUUUCUCUCUGUGAGCCCUUUACCUUUUUUGUAAGUUGUAAUAAGUAAUAAUAAAAUGUUUUUAUGAAUUUCAA